GAAUCCACAAGGGAAUCCAACAGCAACAUUUUGGAUGUGUCAUCUGAUUAUCCAAGAGAGAAACACAUUUCAAUUCAAAGACAUCUUGCUGAUCUAGAGAAACUAGCUGAUGUGAAAGAAGAUGAAAAGAAGCCUUGUCCAUUGUGUCCUGAGGAGAAAUUCAGAGCUUGCUAUAGUCAUAAACUUCAUCGUCACCUUCAGAAUUUACACUGGAAAGUUUCUGUUGAAUUUGAAGGAUACAGAAUGUGCAUCUGUCACUUACCUUGUCAUCCAGUGAAACCAAACCUUGUUGGAGACCAGACAUUUUCAAAGAUGGGAGCCCAUUACCAUUGUAUCAUCUGUUCAGCAACUAUCACGCGAAGAACUGACAUGAUAGGUCAUAUCAAUCGUCAUGUGAAUAAAGGAGAAACUGAAUCAAGGUUUAUUACAGUUCCUGCUCCCAAAUCUUCUCUAGAGGUGCUGAAAGAGUCAGCCACAGAUGUGCAGGUUCUUCCCAACUACUCCACACCUCAUAAAACAGAUUCUUAUUUUAAUCCUAAAAUGAAACUCAACAGGCAAUUGAUAUUCUGUGCACUAGCUGUUCUGGCUGAGGAACGUAACCCUAUAGAGUGUUUGGAUGCUUUUGGUGCCACUGGUAUAAUGGGAUUGCAAUGGGCAAAGCACCUCAGAAGUUCUGUGAAAGUUACGAUUAAUGAUUGUAAUGAAAACUCUGUGACAAUGAUUCAGGAAAACUGCCAUUUAAACAAAAUGAAAGUGAAACUAAACAUUAAGGAAGAAGACCAUGAUGAAGCUGUGGGAGAUGAAGAAGGAAAUACUGAUACCAUUGAGGUGACAAAAAUGGAUGCCAAUGUUAUAAUGCAUUUGAGAUCAUUUGAUUUUAUCCAUUUGGACCCCUUUGGAACUUCUGUGAAUUAUCUAGAUUCUGCCUUUAGAAAUGUGAGAAAUCUUGGAAUUGUGUCAUUGACAUCCACAGACAUCAGUUCUCUGUAUGCAAAGGCUCAACACGUUGCCCUGCGUCAUUAUGGAUGUAAUAUUGUCAGAACCGAGUACUACAAGGAGCUGGCAGCCAGAAUAGUAAUUGCUGCUGUGACAAGAGCUGCAGCUCGCUGUAACAAAGGCAUUGAAGUUUUACUUGCAGUAGCUCUAGAACAUUUUGUUCUAGUAGUGGUCAGAGUUUUAAGGGGACCAUCCCCUGCAGAUGAUUCAGCCAAGAAGAUAAGAUACCUCAUCCAUUGCCAGUGGUGCGAAGAGAGAAUUUUUCAGAAAGAGGGUAACAUGGUAGAAGAAAACCCUUACCAGCAGCUGCCUUGUGAUUGUCAUGGCAGUAUGCCCGGGAAGACAGCAGUAGCUCUUGGUCCUCUCUGGUCAGGACCCCUCUUUAACACUGGAUUCCUCAGACGGAUGCUGUUUGAGGCUGUCCAGUAUGGUUUGGAUGAAGCUCAGCCACUUUUGAAGACAUUAGUUUGUGAAGCAGAGUGCACAACUUCAAAACACUUUUCUACCCAUAGUCCUUAUGAUGAGAACAAACAAG